AUGUAUCCCACUCGCAUGCUGCGGAUGCAGCCCACUCGGGCCUUUGCUUUCCCUACUCCUAAGGAGCAACAAAGUGCUCACACCAUCUCCCAGCGCCUGCGCCAGCUCAAGCGUGUGCCCCCCCGAGUUGCUCCCUAUCGUGUUGCCAUUGGCGCCGCUGUCUACUCUUCCAGCAAGAAGCUGAUGACCGACAAGACCCUGCGUCUCUACCGCAACAGCCCCGAGAGCCGUGAGCACUAA